UAGUUGGGAUAGUCAAAAUUCCCUAUAUGCUAUAGUUUUAAUGAAAAACAUCAAAGAAAAAGGAAGAACAUAUUAUAUGCCUUUCCAUAAUACUUGUUUCUAAUUCCCUUAAUUUUAGUAAGUUGAUGUCUAUGUUUUUAUGGACAGGGGCGAAGCACUUAUAGGGCCAGCAGGGGCUCUGGCCCCUGAAAUUUGGGUUAGAAAUAGCCUUAUAACAUCAAAUGUUGUAAGUAUAGGCCUGCUAUUGUAAACUUUGCACGGUGGCCCCUCCUAAUGAGCUCUCCAAUAAACAGAAGCGCAAACCAAUUGACUAGUUAGAAGUCAAAACCGAUCUUCCACUCAUCCCUAAACCUUUCACAGUCGACAAUUCCGCUUCUGCCCCAUCUUCGUUUGCUAUCGCUUGGAUGCCUUCACCUGGACACCAUUGCAUCACCACUGUCGCGUUCACAGUUCACCGGAAAUCAGUGAUUGAGUGGAAAGGAUAUGAACGUGAAUUCAUUAAAAAUCUGGGGUUGUUGAAGAGCAUUGACUUGUCAAGCAACAACUUAACAGGACAAAUCCCAUAUGAAGUUACCAAGCUCUAUGGACUGCGUGCACUCAACUUGUCAAAGAAUGGUCUACAUGGAGAGAUUCCAGAAAAAAUUGGUCAACUGAAACAACUUGAAACAUUGGAUUUAUCUAGAAACAACUUGUCUGGAGAGAUGCCAUUAAGCAUGUCUGGUAUGAAUUUUUUAAAUCAUCUAGACGUGUCAUAUAAUAGCUUGUCAGGGAGAAUUCCAUCCAGCACUCAACUGCAGUCUAUUGAUCCUUCAAGAUACAUUGGAAACCCGAGACUAUGUGGACCUCCCCUUACUAAAAAAUGUCAUGGAGAUGAUGAAUCAAAAGUACCACAUGUCAUUGCUGAGAGUGAGGAUGGUGGGGAAGACACGGAUGAAUUUUGGGGGUGGUUCUAUAUUGGUGGAGGCACUGGUUUUGCUACUGGAUUCUGGAUUGCAUGUGGUGCUCUACUUCUCAAUCGUCGUGGGAGACAUGCUUUUUUUCAUUUUUAUGAUAGAUGCAAAGAUUUGGUUUAUGUGAAGGUGAUGGUGUUCUUUGCAAAUCUGCAAAGGGUUGAAAUGUAGUUAAGGUUGUAUUUUUUUUUUAAUAAAGAAUUUUAUGGGCCAAUUCUCAAUGUAGGUUAUCUGUGGAAUUGAUGCUUGAAGAUGGUCCAUUCAUAUAUACUCGUUACUAACAUGCUUUAAUUUGUGGGUUAUUUACAAAAAUUGGCUUGCUAAACUGGACUAAUAGACCAAUAAACAAAGAACAUGAAAUCUAAAUUUGGGAUUUUCAGUUUAGAGUUUCUAUGAAAGCGGGAUUUGGCUAUAUAAUAGAAUAAUUAUAAUUAUGUCUUUUCGAUUGCAUUUAAUUGGCAUGCAUUAGGUUUAAUAAGGAACUCCUCUAAUUAGAGUAUUUUUCAUACAGAUUCUGUGGUCU